GGGGGUAACCGUAGCCACCGGUCCAAACUAUCAGCAGCAGAGAAGACAGUGAUAGAGGGGGAGUGAGAAGGAUCUUCAGCAUCCCUAGAGAGUUACAUACGCAGUGAGAAGAUGACUCUGGCAGCCUACAAAGAGAAGGUCAAAGAGCUCCCACUAGUGUCUCUGUUCUGCUCCUGCCUGAACCCACAGACUGCAGAAAAACCUACGUACAAGGCAGAAGAUGCAGUGGACCUGGGCUGGUGCGUCAUCAAAGACGUGGAGGUAAUUGAGCUGAAUAAACGGGCAUCGGGCCAAGCCUUCGAGGUCAUCCUCAAGCCCCCGUCCUUUGAUGGUGUGCCAGAGCUCAAUACCUCCAUGCCACAGCGCCGUGACCCCUCCUUGGAGGAAAUACAGAAGAAACUUGAGGCUGCCGAGGAGAGACGAAAGUGCCAGGAGGCAGAGCUGCUGAAGCACCUGGCAGAGAAGAGGGAGCAUGAGCGCGAGGUAAUCCAGAAGGCCUUUGAGGAGAACAACAACUUCAUCAAGAACGCAAAGGAAAAGCUGGAGCAGAAGAUGGAGGCCAACAAGGAGAACAGGGAGGCCCUGCUGGCCGCCAUGCUGGAGAGGCUGCAGGAGAAGGACAAACAUGCAGAAGAAGUGAGGAAGAACAAGGAGAUGAAGGAGGAAGCCUGCCGGUAGAUCAGUGGAGAAAGGGAGCCCAGAGAGGGGGGAGAGAGAGAGGAAUGAGAGAGAGAGAGAGCAGGGCUGGGAGUUUUUUGAGUCGGUUAGAAAAGGAAAUCAAAAUGGUGCAGGAAAGAAAAAAGAACUCAAAAAGUUUUCUUAUUUGAUGUAUGCUGUAAUGAUUCUGACCAAGCUGUACAAAGUUUA